AUGGCAGAACAAUUGGAAAACAGGAUGCUGAGAAUGGAACAAUGGCAAGAGGAGCUGAACAGCAAAAGGAAUAAGUUGUUGGACUUGAUGAUGAACAAGGGCAAGACUAUGCCACCACAAAAUGUUGAGGAGGAUUCAGACCCCACCUACCCUCCAGUAUUCACCCCGUUGCACGGACAGACCUCAACACAACCUUCGAUGGCCACAGAAAAUCCAAACAGUGCUUCAUUCAUUCAUACCGCACCAACAUUAGGGGUCCCAGCAGUCGGAAUACCCCAUAUGAUGAUGACAGAUGUGGGGGCAGACGAAAUCACAACUGAGCAUCGUUAUGACGUACUUGAAGAAUGGUUAAGGGCCAUCGAAGGGUCCAAUUCAUUUGGUACUAUUGAUCUGACAGAUCUCUGCUUGGUGCCGAUGGUCACUCUACCACCAAAGUUUAAGAAGCCAGAUUUUGAAAAGUACGAUGGAACUCGGUGUCCUUGUGCCCACUUACUGAUGUAUUGUCAAGCAAUGGCGACGUACUUAGAUGAUGAAAAACUAAUGAUGCACUACUUCUCGAGUAAUUUGACUGGAUUUGCCAUCUGA